AGUGAACUUAAUCGGUAUAUAAUAAUUUAAAAAUUAAAAGUAUUAAAUAUCGUUUUUAUAUAAUGUUAAGAUAUAGUGAGAAAUAUUCGUAAACCGUAUUACAAACACUUACAUCUUAACAGAAAACAGAUUUUCAGUACGCUUUCCUUAUCAUAUCACGGAACAUCCCGUAUUGGAUCAAUGAGUAUUUUUCGUUGUCGAUAGAUCAUGGCCCAUAGGCGAUGAUAAAAUAUACUUCCGUUUUGAAACGUGCGUGCAAAAGUCUAAAACCCUUCGUCAAAAAUGGCGAGGAACGCAGAAAAAGCCAUGACAACGCUUGCUCGUUGGCGGGCAGCUCAAGUGAAGGAACAUGGUGGCAAAGAAGAACGUAGGCCUUACUUAGCCACUGAGUGUACAGACUUAAAAGCAGCUGAAAAAUGGAGAGUUCAAAUCAUUAGAGAAAUUUCUAAAAAAGUAGCACAAAUUCAAAAUGCUGGAUUAGGUGAGUUUAGGCUGCGUGAUCUCAAUGAUGAAAUCAAUAAAUUACUACGUGAAAAAAAGCACUGGGAAUACCAAAUCCGUGAACUAGGUGGUCCAGAUUUUUUAAGGAUGGGCCCUCGCAUGCUCGACCAUGAAGGCAGAGAAGUCCCUGGAAAUAGGGGUUAUAAAUAUUUUGGAGCUGCUAAAGAUCUACCGGGUGUUCGUGAGCUAUUUGAGCAUGAACCACCUCCACCACCACGUCGUACUAGAGCCGAACUAAUGAAAAAUAUAGAUGCCGAUUAUUAUGGCUAUAUGGAUGAAGAAGAUGGUUUAUUGUUGGCAAUGGAAUCGAAAAAAGAAAAAAUAUUGUUAGAAAAGGAAGGAAAAAAACCAUCAAUUCGAGAAGAUAUUGAUUUGGCUUUUGAAGAAGUUGAUAGCGAUGAUGAAGAUAUAUCUAAUAUGUUUAGCAGCUCUCGUUAUAUACAACCACCACCUGUUCCAACGGACCAAAACAUUCAGGACUUGAUAUUACAACAUAAAAAACGUGAACUACUAGAGACCUUUGCUGGCAUUGGAGGAGGGCAAGAACAUGAAGAAUUGGAAGACCUCGCUAAUUUAUCAUCAUCAGACGAUGAAGCAAAAUGAUAAAUAAUAUUUUACUAAAUACAUUUCAUACUUUUAUAAAUAAUUUUUACCUGUUAUAAAUAGUUCAUAAUAUUAUGAUUCUGGGUAAGAAUCUACUUCAAUUAAUCCUCGGCAAAUAAAUGAAAACUCUUUGACAGCA